AAAUAAUUGCCCCUAUGUACAGUAAAACUCCCAAUCUGCAAAUUCUCCCGGAGAGAAUCUAGGGUUCCAGAUUUGUUUCUUCCUCCUCCCUUCAUUUGGGCUCUGGGGAUCUGUUCUUCGUCUUCCUCCUCUUCUGUCUCUCUGCUCCCCAUCGAUCUCAGCUUCCGUUCUUCUAGAAAGUUCCUGCCUUUGCACAUUUCAGGGGAGGGAAACUUGAAAAAAAAAAAGAGAGCUUUCCCGGCUUCUAGAAAACUCCCAUGGCGAAAACUCGACCUGGUGUCGGUCCCAAGAGCAAGCCGAGCAGGAAGGAGCUUGAAUCAUAUACCAUCAGAGGCACCAACAAAGUUGUCAUAGCGGGCGAUUGUGUGCUAAUGCGUCCAUCAGAUGCUGGUAAACCGCCAUAUGUAGCACGUGUGGAGAAGAUUGAAGCGGAUGCAAGGAACAAUGUGAAGGUGCAUGUCCGAUGGUAUUACCGUCCCGAGGAAUCUCUCGGUGGCAGGAGACAGUUCCAUGGAGCCAAAGAGCUGUUCUUGUCUGAUCACUAUGAUGUUCAAAGUGCACACACCAUCGAGGGAAAGUGCAUUGUUCACACCUUCAAAAACUAUACGAGGCUUGAAAACGUUGGAGCUGAGGAUUAUUAUUGUAGGUUUGAGUACAAGGCUGCUACUGGUGCAUUUACUCCAGACCGAGUUGCUGUGUACUGCACAUGUGAAAUGCCAUAUAACCCAGAUGAUCUCAUGGUGCAAUGUGAAGGUUGCAAAGACUGGUAUCAUCCUGCAUGUGUCGGCAUGACAAUUGAAGAAGCAAAGAAGCUGGAUCACUUUGCAUGUUCAGAAUGCAGUUCUGAUGACGACAUCAAAAGAUCGCAGAACGGUUUCUCUUCAUCACCGGCUGAUGAUGUCAAGGUGGAAGCCAAACGCAGAAAAAGAUGAUAUGGGUUCUCUCAUGUGAAAGGUUGUGGGGGCGAAUGGUAAGUUAAGUAGUUUCUUUCGUUCAGAUUUUAGUUUGUAGGGUUUUGCAUGUCUCUGUGUCUGAGUGUGAUGAGAGAGAGAGAGAGAGAGAGAGAGAGAGAGAGAGAGAGAGUUUGUAUAGCCUUCACGGAACAGUCGUAUGUGGACUGCGGUUUGUCUGUGUUGUCAGAGAAGACGAGAGCUUUGUACUAAAGACACUCGAAUGAAACGUGAAACCUUCCUUCUGUGGUCGGAACUUUGAGUUAUAAAGUGUUACCGAUCUGAUCUUCGGCGAAUA